ACUCUGUGGUCUAUUCAAUGACUGUUGGCUGCGCCUAUCAAACGACAAGUUGGUUGAUUUUUCUUGUGUGCUUCUUCGCGGAAACUGCGGAAAGAGACCCAGAGGAGUCGAGUACUCAAAAAGUAGUUACAGAUAUAUUGCGCUCAACGUUGAUUGUAUCGUAUUAAGUGUUAUCCAAACAGGUAGGAUAGUGGAAGAGCAUCAGAAUGGAGUCGUCAUAUCAAGGAGGUGUAACUUUUGAGGAUCCUGGUAGCAAUUUCCAGCGGCUCACCCAAACUAUCGCCAGUAACAUCAAGAAAAUAUCACAAAAUGUGUCUUCCAUGUCAAAGAUGGUCAACCAGCUGCAGACGCCUCAGGACUCUCAGGAGCUCAGGAACCAACUGCGUCAAAUACAAAACUACACGCAGAAGCUGGCCAAGGACACGUCAUCACUCAUCAUGGAGCUGAUGAAGCUGCCAGCAGACCAGCCUGCUAACAAACUGACGAGGGAGCGCCUCAGUGAUGAAUACAUGAUCACGCUCAACUCCUUCCAGGCGACACAAAGACUGGCGGCGCAGAAAACCAAAGAAGAUGUGAAGAAGGCUAAAGCGCAGUCUGUGACCAUCAAGGACCCCUUUGCAAUGGGUAGUAGUGGCAACAACAAAGAACUGUUGGAGAUGGGUGAGCCAAACCUGCGGAAACAGGAGCAGCUCACGAUGCAGACGGAACGAUCGCUCAUCGAGCUUGAAGAGCGGGAGAGAGAUAUACGACAACUUGAGGGCGACAUAAUGGAUGUGAACCAGAUCUUCAAAGAGUUGGGCACGAUGAUCCACUCGCAAGGCGAAGUGGUGGACUCGAUUGAGUCCAAUGUGGAGUAUGCCGCUGAGAACGUGGAGGCCGGCACACAGGAGCUGCGACAGGCUGCCAAUUACAAGAACAAACUGAGGAAGAAGAAGGUGUACCUGUUCCUGGCUCUAAUCAUAGUUGUGUCGAUCAUACUGAUCAUCAUAUUCCACCGUUGAACAUCCGAGCCACUCUGAUACCACUACUUACCACAAGCAAGGCGAGAGCAACUUACUCACAUUAUUGCUUAUUCAAAAGUUCGACAUAAGUUUCACUUAUAAAUAGGUCAUGCAUGCUAGCGAUUGUAUAUAAAUCAUUUAUCCCAUCUGUAAAGGCUUUUUAAAUCCAUUGGAACAAUGCAUUAGGAGUUAUAUCAUGUAUUUUAUAUGUAUAUUCUGUAAGUCAUUCGUAAUUGUUUGCAAGUUUGCUUUUAGUCUAAUCGGCGAAGUGUAAAAAAUCAUUGUUGCGUUUCUGCGAAAGUUUCACGAACGAUAGAAGCGAUGAAGUGCUUAUGUUACCGGCAAUCUGUAUGAAAUACCUAAAACGUUUAAUGUAUGGAAAAUUAUUAAAAACACCUUCCCUAGACAUUUUUAUGAUUAAAAUACCUGAGUUAUACAGAUUGCAUAUAACACUUGCAUUUCAAAUGGGGCUUUGUGAUAUGUGGUGGAUACUUUCGCUUUUCGGGAACUACUUACGCACCCAGAUAAAAUGUAGACUGUAAUAGUUGAAGCCCCUCAAAUCCAGCGAUGUAGGCUGUGCGUUCCGUCCGUGCGGUCCGUCAGUCAGUCACGAUAAAUAAUGUUUAUAUCUAUAAAUUAUAUAUUAGAAGAUGCAUUACGGGUUGCCAUGGUAAAGGUUUGUUGUUAGUUAUUCUUGUGUGCUUAAAACCUGGUUAGCAUUACUUUUGUCAAGGUCGCUGCAACCAAUGCAGAGCGCAAGAGCUCGCUAUAUUUACAAAUUGUAACAGUAAAAAAACUAUGGAAUAUGUAGGUGACAGACAAUAUUUACUAUUAUGCUGCUAUGUCUAUAACCGGUAUAGUCUAAUGUACGCAAGUUCUACAGUAGAUAAACUAUCUAUAAAACAUAAGAGAUAGAUGCUUAACCGAAUCCCCAGGUGAUUGACGUAUUUUUAGGGUUAGCGUAAUGCUUACCUACUUAAAAUAAGUUAUAUUAUAAAUGUUACUUUAUUUUACAUUUUUAUUCCUUAAUAUUAUUACACACGUAAAUAUGGGUAGUGGUGAUUAGAGACGGAAAACGUCACAAUUAGUAAUUAAUGGCAAUAAGUACGAUCUGCAUUACCAACUUCUGUUAUAGGCGUGUCAUCCGUUCAGGCAGACCGGUACUUGCAGAUUCUUCUCACGUUGAAAACUGAGUUUUUUGUAGUAAGGUUUACUUUUGCACGUGCGCGGUUGUCGAACGAGCCGGUCUGUCUGAACGGACCCAUAGAGGGAGAACCCAGUCCUGACAACACUUUUUCCUCAUUCAUGUAACUUUAAAAUUAGCCAGUAAGCAUACAGUCAAAGACCCAACUUACUUUAUUUUGCGGCGUGAGUUUCAAUAGUGAGAAACUAGUGCUGUCUGGGAUCUUUACCCAUUACAUUCAUUAUUGUGUUGUAUUACUAUAAUGAUUUAAUUAUCAGCGAAUUAUUAAUUUAAUUAAGGUAUUGUAAUUUGAGAUUAUUGCCACCAAAAUUUGGAUUUUUCUUUAAAUAUAUGUAAGAUAUAAUCAUGUUAUAAGGACCGUGAUCAUUAACUAGUUUAAGUUUUUGCUAUAAUCUGAUCGAAACUGUAAUCAAUGUUACACUCACCGACUAAAGAUAUAACCGCAAUAGGAGAAUAAUUUGAUUUUCUCAGUGUAGCGUAGUGUGUUCAUGCCUUGCGAUAAAACUGCAAUAAAACAAUUUUUCAAAAGCUUGCAUGAAGUAUUGUAGAUAUGAAUUUCAAAUAAGUUUUUCUUUGAAAACAAUGUGAAUGUUCUGCAUUUGUAAGGCAAUGCUUGAAUUUAACUGGUCGGUGCUGCCAGCGUCUGCACACUAGUUAGUUUAAGCACUUGACAAUAUAGAAGUAGCCAUAAUAUUGGCAGACUGGUGGUAUAGUUAUCGGCACGGAUAAUGAGCUCUCGGCGGAAGAGUGGGGAUGGCUUGCGCACUGUACACUUAUGGCAAUAAACCAAUAAAUCGCUUCUGCGCAGGUGAAGGUCAGGGCUCAAUAUCCUUGCCGAUGAUUAUACGCUUUUAACUUAAGGUGCACAUAUACGUUAGUCACCAAAUAUUUAUUAUAAAGCGUCACAGGUCCAUUCAUUAGACACUAAAUUCUAAUUUUGAAAUCAUUGGCAAUAUAUUACAAGCUAUAAUUUCAUCGUAUAUUUAUAAAUAAGUCUUUACGUCAUUCGCUUAAGAUAUUAAUAUGCUUACUAUAAGUAUUCGUGUAUAGAUAGUUAGUUGAAAAUUUCAAUGUAUUAUAUUUAAAUGUAAAGUUGUCUAUGUUUUAUAUUAAACACAAUUUGUUGAUAUAUUUACUUUAAUAUAAAUAUAUAUAAAAUAAAAAAUAAAUAACGAA